GGAUUCCCUCCAGCUGCUUGUUUUCCUGGCACUAAACCUCACAGGACAGUGUAGGCUAAGAUGAUGUCCCUGAUUGGUUUUCUUCCUCUGUUCCCUCUUUUAUCCUAGGGAGCUGAAUCAGUGAGUCACACACUCUGCCUUCUAUGUGUUCUGGACACUGAGGGGAGACCCAGAGGGAGAAUCAAGGGCCCUACCGUGUGGGAGCUCCUGGCAGCUGGCAUUGUGAAUAGCUAUCACAUACCAGAAAAUACAAAGCAGCAGCUUUGAAGCCUGAGUAAUGGACCUCGGCAGCCCCAACUCAACUUGGCUUAACUCAGACUCACCAAACCUGAUCCCAGACUCUGCUCCCUGGGCUUGCUACAGCUCUCUGAUCCUGGAAUCCUCUUCAGUUCCAGCUAGGAUGCUGUGUCAGGCACUCCAUAGAUUUGGUCAAAAACUGGUACGCGGACCUACGCUGAAGGAACCGGUGGCUGAGAAUGACCCACGGAGAAGCCUGAACACUCUGGAUUUAGUGGCCCUGGGUGUGGGCCACACACUGGGUGUAGGUGUGUUUGUACUGGCUUGUGAGGUGGUCAGAAAUCAAGCAGGGUCAUCUUUUGUGAUUUGUGUUUUGGUGGCCAGCCUAUUUUCUAUGUUGAUUGGGCUGUACUAUGCAGAGAUUAGUGCCCGGGUUCCCCAUUCUGGCUUGGCAUAUAUCUACAGUCAUGUCAUUAUAGGUGAGCUCUGGGCUUUCAUCACUGGCUGGAACCUCCUCCUCUCCAUUGGUGCUAAUGCAGUCAUUUUUUUCCACAUAUUCUUCUUAGCUUUUGAGCACCUGCGUGUGACCCUGCAUGGAAUUAUCUUACCACAUGUUUCCCACCUUCUAGAAGACAAUCUAGACUUCAUUGUUAUGUUUCUUCUGUGGUAUCUCACAGAGUUGUGGUAUAUUUGCAUUUCCUCAGUUAUCAAAAUGUUCACAUUGGUGAAAAUUUUGGUUCUAAGCUUUGUCAUCAUCUCUGGCUUCAUUAAAGGGCACCUGUACAACUGGAAGCUCACAGAAGAGGACUAUGCAAUGGCUGGCCUCAAUGACACCUCCAGCUUGGGCCCUCUGGGCUCUGGGGGGUUUGUGUCUUUUGGCUUUGAGGGGAUUCUCCGUGGAGCAGCUACAUGUUUCUAUGUAUUUAUAGGUUUUGAGGAAAUUGUUACUAGACUUGGAGAAGCCCAGAACCCCCAACAUUCCAUCCCCAGGGGCAUUGUGAUUUCACUGUUCAUCUGCUUUGUGCUGUAUUUUGGUGUCUCUUUAGCACUUACACUUAUGGUGCCUUACUACAAGCUUAAACCUGGGAACAUCUUGCCUGAGGCAUUUCUCCUUAUAGGCUGGGCCCCUGCCUACUAUGUGGUAGUGUUUGUAUUUUUUUUUUUUUUAUCCUCCAGCAUGGGAUUAUUGUAA